AUGAGUCUUGCCCGGCCCGCAAGAUGUCUGUUUUGCAGCCUCUCCCGAACUGCGACUCCCGGCACGCGAGUCCCUCGUCGCCAAUUCCACCCAACCCCAGCGCCAUUGACGAAUCGGAAACCCAAGUUCCCCAAUGUCAAGAGUCCCGAGAACUCUACCCGGUCAGCAUUGAAGGCCGAUGACUUCAAGUCUUACACGGAGGAGGAGAAGGCCCACCUGGCAAAGGAGUACUCGGCCGCCCAAAUGGAAGCCAUCAAGGCCGGCGAGGCCUCUAUCGACCCCAAGGAUUUGUCCGAGCAGUCCAUUCGCCGUACCGACCCCUAUCGAUUCAAGUAUCUCGACGAUUUUUCCGUGAUUGAGCCGGGUAUCGACCGCAAUGUUCGCGCCCCCGAGUCGAACUCGGAUUACAACUUUAAGCUGAAGUCCGAGGACCAAUUCAUCGAGGACUUUGGUCGUUUCUUCGCGGAAUCAAAUGAAGAUAUUAAGCCAGCCGACUUUGUGCGAUUCGCCGAGUCCCUGCGAUUGACGGAAGGCAAGGAGGAGAACGAGCUGAACCCGCACAGUGCUCUCGUGCCUGAUCUCUUUGGCCCCGGCCAGACCAUUGACGAGCCUCGUGUGGAGGAGCGCAAGUCCGCUGCGGAGAAGGGUGAGAAGGAGCGCUCGCUCGAGGCAGAGGAACUGACUGAUGCCCUGAAGAGUCUCCUUCUGGCUACCGGCUACACUGAGCGUCAAGUGCGAGAACUCCGCACCAAGACUUUGGUUUCCCACAGUGUCGUUAACCAAACCCGUCUGGGUAAGGUCCGUCGUGCCUACCGCCUGUCUGUCGCUGGUAACGGAAAUGGUUUGUUGGGUAUUGGCGAGGCCUGUCCUCGUUACGAGAACCGUACCAUCUUCGGCGAUGUCACCGGAAAGGUGGGAGCUGUGGAGCUGCAGUUGAUGCACCGUCCUCCUGGCUUCGGUCUCCGCACCCAGCAUCUGAUUUACGAAAUGUGCCGCGCUGCCGGUAUCCACGACCUCGCUGCGAGAGUCAACCGAUCCCGGAAUAAGAUGAACACAGUCAAGGCCGCCUACGAGGCUCUUAUGAGCCAGCGCGACCCGGAGGAAGUUGCCCGGGCCCGCGGCAAGAAGAUUGUCGAUGUGCGCAAGGUGUACUACGCGGGCAAGGUCUAG